UGGCGUACUAGCUUGACUCGGACGGUGAUGAACGUGAUGAACCGUGUGUCUCCUUCACGGUGAUAAAAAGAUGGAUUCGUCAGAAAACCCGUCGGGUCAUGUAGCCGACGUGGAGCAGGAAUCUUCGCCGAGCUCCGUGGAUGUGGACACGGCAGUGUUCCUGCUGGGAGCCGGGGUGACCGCCAUCACUCACCCGCUGCUCUACGUCAAGCUGCUAAUACAGGUGGGUCAUGAACCGCUUCCUCCCACUGUGGGUACGACCAUGUUUGGGCGGAGGGUCCUGUACCUGCCCGGCUUCUUCUCCUAUGCACAGCACAUCAUCAAGGUGGACGGAAAGAGAGGACUCUUCCGCGGCCUUUCACCUCGUAUCAUCUCCAGCGCCAUCUCCACCCAGGUCAGGAGUAACGUUAAACAGCAGGUGGAGCGUCUGUCAAAGAAAGACGAAGUCCAGAAUUCACUCAGGAAGGUUUUCCAAGAGACCUCACAGGAGAUGAUCAUCCAGUGCCUGUCCAGACUAGCGACUCAUCCUUUUCAUGUCAUGUCGGUCAGGUGUAUGGCUCAGUUUGUCGGCAGAGAAGUCAAGUACGGAGGGAUGUUCAGCUGUGUUGUGAAGAUUUUAAAAGAAGAAGGAGUGGCUGGAUUCUACGUAGGGAUUGUUCCUCACAUGUUAGGAGAAGUCCUCUUCCUGUGGUGCUGUAACCUCCUCGCUCACUUCAUCAACACCUACGCUGUGGAUGAAAGUUUCAGUCAGGCGUCUGCAGUGAGGAGCUACACCAAGUUUGUGAUGGGAAUCGCCGUGAGCGUUCUGACGUAUCCGUUCAUGCUGGUGGCUGAUCUCAUGGCUGUAAACAACUUUUGGCUGCAGGCCUUCCUCCUCACUCUCCGAUCUUCCAGUCCUGGUUUGACUGCUGGAAUCACCUCAACCAAAAGGGUCACCUCUUCAGAGGAUCCAGCUUCUUUUUCCGCCGUGUUCCUGUGAGCUCUUUGCCACCCAUCGAGGAUUGAAAUCAUCUUCAUCAUCACCGUGUCGGGACGUUCUUCCUCCUCCUGCUCAGAAACUUUCUCCAAAGACUCGUCCUGCAGGCGCUGCAGCUCACGAGGUGCCAACAGAGUUUUCAGUUCAGGAGUUUAAGUUCAGUUCAGCCAUGAAGGACGGGGACAGGUCUCUAAAAUACUGGAUGGAUUUAUUCAGCAUCAGUUCAGAAACAGUGUUGACCACACGCUGUGAGGCUCCUGAGGCUCAUGGGUAAUAAAGUGAUUAAUUCCAGGAACAUUUAAAACUAAAAGUCAUCUUUAAGUCUUAUUUAUCAUCUUUUUGUGUGGGAAUACUUGGAGUUAACCAAAGUCCUGUGUCUAAACUCUGUUUUAAUUUCUGGUGUGACAUCUGCUCUAAACCUGUAAGUCAAGUUCAAUCUCAUCAAUCAUCCUCUGGAAUUCCAGAAAAAUUCAUGCUUUUUAUCAGAGAGUCUACAGGUUGGUAGUUAAUCACUUCCAGGCAAGACUUCCUUUUCCAUUCUGCAGCUUAAAUAUUGUUUUCCCUUUAACAUGCUGGAGUAGAGGCGUUCAGCUCUCAGUCUCAGAUCAUUUAUUAGAUUUAUUUAGAUUUUUUAUUCUGCACUUUUUAAAUUUCUAUUUUCUUCAUUUUUAAAUCCUGAUUUUCUGAAUAUGAUUUUUUUUUAUCAGUUCGUGGUGUGUUUAAGUGUCUCCCCAGAGAGUGGGUUAAAGCCAUACAGGAAUGUUUGAGUUGUUGAUGGUGUAUCUGUCAUGUGACCCGACGGCCUUUUAAUCAGUGUUUGAUUUAAGUAUGAUGUCUGUUUGUUUUUAUUAUUUAUCGGUCAUAGUUUUUUCUUUUAUUCAGAGGACAAUAAAACAUUUUUGGUUUCUGAGCUCAGUGUCAGCCGUGUCUUUAUGGUUUGAAACGGUCACUCUGUUCAUGUUUAAUAAGAGUAAAUAGCCAAGUCCUGAUUGUUCAAAGUUUUAAUCUGAAUUUUUACUCCCAAGGAUCAAAUAAACUUUAUCUUACAGCUGAUCCCUCAUAUUAGACAUUAUUCUAACCUUUCCCUCCAUUAAAAAAAAUACUGGAUCAUUUUGGUCCUAAUAUAGACCGGAUCAGACAACCAAGUCUUAUUUCCAGAGCUCUGACAUGUUA